UGAUCGAUUGCGUCCAGCGUGAAGAACGUGUGGAAGUGUGGACGUAAAAAGAUGUCUGAGAAGGUGUGUGAUUUAGAGCUUGUGAAAUGUUGAAGGAAUCUUUUUGUAGGAGGUUAAUUAAUCACUGAAAUGUACAGAAGACGUGCUUUAUCACAAGUGGUGCAAAUUAGGAAUGCGGCAUUGACAACGUGGAGAACAGUACCCCAGCUGCCAUCUUAUUUACAUGAUGAUGAACAGUGUCGACCCUACAACAAGCAGACGAGAAGGCAUUUUAAGAAUUUUGGCCACAAGCCAGAGCCAAUGCCCCUAUUUACAAAAUUGUGGUACAGUUUUGUUUUCCUUGGAUUCAUAGGACUGGCAAUGGAUUGGAAAGGUAUGAGGAAGAAAUUGUUUCCAAAAGUAGAUGCUGUCUCACAGUUGGCUGAUAAUGGUAAAGAUGCACAGCAAACAGGACAUGAAGUAGCGGCUGAGGAGAGUGCAUCCGGGGACGAUGUUGGAGAUGAUGGGAAAAAGAAAAAGAAGAAAGAGAAAGUUGGCUUCAGGGAUAGAAAGAUCAUGGAGUAUGAAAACCGUAUACGUCAAUACUCCACCCCUGACAAAGUGUUCCGGUACUUUGCUACUUUGCAAGUGGCACAUCCAAGUGGAGAGAGUCAUGAAGUUUUCAUGACUCCUGAUGAUUUCUUGAGGUCUAUGACACCUGGGAUAAAGCAACCUGAUGGUCUGGGGCUCGACCAGUACAAGAGAUAUGAUCCUAAGAAUCAUGAUGAGAAUGUCCACGUGAAGCUGGAGCUUGCCCUUGAUGAGGACAGCAUAUUCUAUAAACUUGGAAGUUCAGGCCUCAUCACAUUCUCUGAUUACAUCUUUCUCCUCACGGUCCUGUGCACCUCUCGACGUCAGUUUGAAAUAGCAUUUCGAAUGUUUGAUCUGAACGGAGACGGAGAUGUGGACUCGGAGGAAUUUGAGAAAGUGGCAACUUUAAUUCGACAACAGACAAGCAUUGGGAGUCGCCACAGAGAUCAUGCCAAUACUGGAAACACAUUCAAGGGUGUGAAUUCAGCACUGACAACGUACUUCUUCGGUCCUAAUAUGAAUCAGAAACUCACAAUUGAAAAGUUCCUUGAAUUUCAGCAUCAGCUUCAGAGAGAAAUUCUCAGUCUGGAAUUCCAAAGAAAAGGCCCAGAUGAAAAUGGAAAUAUCACUGAAGCAGACUUCACUGAAUUACUUCUAGCAUAUGCUGGCUAUCCACCAAAGAAGAAGGCUCGCAUGCUUAAAAGAGUCAAGAAGGUAUUCAAGGACAAUGCACAGGGAAUAAGUCGGGAUGACUACUUGAAGUUCUACCAUUUCUUAAAUAACAUUAAUGAUGUGGAUACGGCGUUGACAUUUUACCACGUAGCUGGUGCUUCCAUUGACCAAGCAACUCUGAAGCAUGUUGCAAAAACUGUUGCCCAUGUUGAGCUCGGUGACCAUGUGAUACAUGUGGUGUUCACGAUCUUUGAUGAAAAUCUUGAUGGCCAGCUUAGUAACCGAGAAUUUGUUGCUGUAAUGAAGAAUCGCCUUCUUAGAGGUCUGGAGAAACCAAAAGACACUGGUUUUGUAAAACUUAUUCAGUCUGUUCUGAAAUGUGCCAAAGAGACAAAACCUGCAUUAUUAGACAUCUAACAUGUUGUAUGAGUCCCCAGAUUUGAAAUCCUACAUUAUGGAAGUAAAUAUAACAGUAUAUGGGUAAAAGAGAGGCCAUUUUGCUAUUAAUCUGACUCUUAUUCAGAUAGCCUUAAGCAGCACAUACUGAGCAAUGUUAGAAAAGCAUUACUGUUAUGUUUUAUUAUUCGGAUAGUAAUUUGUUGAGGAUUAAUGAACAACAUAAUAUUUCAGAAUAAGAAUUAACGAAAUAUAUUAAUAGUGAACAGUUUAUAGGUAGUGUUUUCACAUACAGUGUUUCGGUUAUAUUCAUUUUCAAAGAAAAGCUGUUUGAUAAUACAUUCUUUAUACUAAAUACUUUCAUGUAGUCCUGUUUAUAUUGUUGCUCAUGGUUUGACUAUCAUAUCUAAUUAAUUUCAUGUACGCGGUAGUGUAGUUGGUUGCACUGUGCUACAAGCUGGAAGGUCGCAGGUUCAAGUCCCGGUGAGGUCACUGGA